AUGGCUGCAGAACAAGCAAUGCGUUACCCACCGAGACUUUACGAAGAAGGGAUGUCUAGCCUCAAGAAAAAAAGCAUGUGUACCUAUUUUAGGAUGGCAGAUUUCCCUGGGGUUAGGGAAUCAAUUGGACAAGACGCGUGGGAUGAGAUCAAGCAAUUACCUCUUGGAAUAGUUGCUAAAUUAGUUGAAAGAAAAUUCGUUUGGUCUGCUAAGACUGUACACUAUCUAUUGUGUAAUCAGUUGAGAAUUAAACACAAAGAGCUUUGGUGUUUAGUUGGUGGCCAGCCUAUAAGGUUUGGUUUGAAUGAAUUCGCUCAACUCACGGGGUUAAACAUAGAUCCAACUCCAUCAGAGAAGUUUGAACCUUCAGUUGACUUCAAACAGUUCUUAACAGAAGAAUUGAAAGUUCACGGUGGGGAAGGUCCAACAUAUGAUGAGCUAAUUAAAGGAUUAUUAUGCUUGAAUCCUAGAGGUAGUUCCUACACCCUUGGUGGGCCGGUUUACGUGUUACAAGCUUGGGCAUAUGACUCUAUCAAAUGCUUAGGAGAGCGAUUCGGGAAUUUAGUCGAGAAUGAAGAGAUCCCGUUGUUUCGAUGGCCUGGGACCCGUACACGUUCAGCAUUAGAUGUGGCCAUUGCUGAAGAUAUCAAAAAGUAUAGUGAGCUGCGUGUGAGUUCAAUGGUGAUGAAGGGUGAUGUAAGUGAGCUUUUUCAUACGUGGCCAAAUCAGACAGAAGAAGACCCAGAACUUGUCAACUUGGUCAAUGACAUACAUGGAGAAAAGCUUGUUAAAGGUUUUUGGGAUGUGAAAGUGAUUGAGGACAAGAAGAAGAGUGGAAAAGUUAGAGCAGCGGUUGAGUCUGAAUCUCCCGCUGAUAAGAAGCAGAAAGUUGAAAAGGGUGGUGAUUCUGGUGCAGAAGAUGCACAUAAGAAGAAGAAGAAGAAGAAGAUAAACGAGGAGGUAAAGCCUCAUGAACAGAAGACUAAGAAGAAGAAGAGUGAGGAGGUAAAGGCUGAUAGUGAAGAGGACGAUGCUGGUGGAAAGGCGUCACUUAAAUUACUCGUGGGUAUGGUUUCAGAAAUGAAAUCAACUAUUGAGACCAUGAAAUCAAAGGUUGAGACCUUUGAUGAUAAGUUCACACGUGUUGAUGAAGAAUUCGAGAAAAAAAUUCAUGAAGAAGAAGAAGAAAAAGCAGUUCUGGACAGUAACAUUAAUCAGUGCAUCAAGAAUCUAAAUAAGGAUUUCGAUGAGGCCACUAAUAAGAAAGAUGGUCUUCUUGAUUUCAUUGAGAAAUCUCCCUCUCCUGCUAAUAAGAAAACGCGGCCUGUGACGCGGAAUUUAGAAGCACAGCAGAGGAAAGAGGCCGAGGCUCAAAAGAAGAAAGAGGAGAGGGCAGAUGCUGAAGCAAGAAGGAAAGCGAAUGAGGAAAAAGACCAGCCAAAGAAGAGAGGUAGAAAGCCUAGAGCUGUUCAGCAGCUGAAACCAAGUGUCCCUUCUGAUCUGGUGGAAGAACUUGCUGAAGAUGUUGUAAAGAUUACUCUUGUCAAAUUCAAACUCUCAAAGGUUGAGGUUGAGGACAAGAAAGGGGACAGAAAAGGGGACAACAAGGGGGUUAAGAAAGGGGACAACAAAGUUUCUGACAGUGAAAUAGAGGAUAUCACUGAGUUAUAUUUAACUUACCUGACGGUGUUUUUACAGCAUGUGGCUGUGUAUAUAAGACUCCUUAGGAAACGGUUCCUUGUUUACCCCUGCCCAUUACACACCAAACGUAUUGCGUUUAUAUACCCGUGGUUUACUGCUUUACUCUUACAUGAGUAUAAUACAACAUUCAAGGAAAGACCACAAAGUUUUAAAUUCGAUGGUGGACCUUAUGAGCUGGUUAUGAACGGGAAAAUGCCGCAAGAUCAGCCCACUGGUUUGAAGUGGAUAGAAGAUGUGGACAAACUGUAUCUUGUUUUACAAAGCGGAGGUGAUCACUGGAUUACGCUAGAAGCUGACCUGAGAAGGAGCCAUAUCGAUGUAUAUGACAGUAUUGUGGGACAGGUAACACCUGAAAGUGAAGCAAGAAUCAUGAACUCUGUUAAGCCGUUUGCGCAGAUGCUUCCGGCAAUGCUCAACGCUUUAGUCCCUGCUGAAAUCCGUCCACAUAGUAAUGCGAUGUUUUCCUUCAGAAGGAAGAGUAUAUCCAAGGUCCCUCAAAACCGUAAUCCCGGGGACUGUGGUGUGUACUCUCUCAAAUAUGUGGAAUGCUUAGCACUUGGUGUUAGUUUCGAUGGCCUCUGUGAUGAAAAUAUCCAAGGUAUACGGCUGAAGAUGGCAGCAGAUAUUUUCGAUGAGGCAGCGGAUUAUCACAGUCAGUUUCAGUAA